UCCGCCGUAGUUGGCGGCAUGGCGGGCUGUGGGCUGCUGGCACGGCUUGGGGCUCGGCUGAGGGCGGCGGCGGCGCCGGGGAGGCCGCUGAGGGCGGUGACGGCGGCGUCCGGCCAUAGCUGGCAGCUGGGCUUUGCAGCCAGGCCUGUGCACGAUGCAACGUGGUGGCACGAGCAUCUCUCUGAAGAGAACGUCCAGUUCCUCAAGCAGGCGACGGCGGAGGAGUACAGAGCACAGACAGCCAGCAAGCUGUGCCCGCUGAAGGACGAGCCCUGGCCGCUGAAUGAGUGGAAGCCAGGUUCUGUCAGAGUUGGUGUUGUUGCAGUAAAACUGGGAAUGAUGCCGAUAUGGACCAAGUCGGGAAAGAAGCACGCUGUCACGCUACUUAAGGUGCAAGAUUGCCAUGUUUUGAAGUACGUUUCAAAGGAAGAUUCGGGUGGAAAAACAGCAAAGCUGCUUGUUGGAGGGAAAAACGUAUCUCCUUUUUUUAAAUCAGAGGCUGAAAUGGAAAUUUUUAGAGAAGCCGGAGUACCACGGAAGCAGAAAGUUUCAACAUUUAAUGUGACAGAUGACGCCAUAAUUAAACCAGGUACUCCUCUGUAUGCUGCUCACUUCCGCCCGGGGCAGUAUGUGGAUGUUACUGCAAAAACAAUUGGUAAAGGAUUUCAAGGUGUCAUGAAAAGGUGGGGAUUUAAAGGCCAGCCUGCCAGCCACGGCCAAACUAAAACCCACAGACGUCCUGGAGCAAUAUCUACCAAUAAAGUUUCCAGAGUUUUCCCUGGGAAGAAAAUGCCUGGUAAAAUGGGUAACAUCUAUAGGACAUCAUGUGGAUUAAAGGUGUGGAGGAUCAACACGAAACAUGAUAUUAUUUAUGUACAUGGCUCUGUUCCAGGUCACACGAAUUGUCUGGUGAAGGUCAGAGAUACAAAACUGCGUAGUUACAAAGACUGCAAUAAAAACCCUCCGUUCCCCACGUUUUUUGCUGAUGGAGAUGAAAAGCUACCAGAAGAUUUAUACGACGAGGACAUGUUCCAGUUCACAGAACCGUCGGUCACAUACACAUAAUGUUUUUGACAUCUUUGAAAACGCUGAAUUUUGUUACUAUCAUGAACUUUGCAAUGCUGUAUGAAAGUAAACCAAAUGAAUUGCAAUCCGACCAACUGACCCUGGACAUUUCAUAUAUUGCUGUUUUGGUCAGGUAAAAACUUAAAGACUAUUGAUAGAUCAGCAGGUGAGUUGCACAGCUUAUCACCGGUUUGUCUUUGGUGAUCCUUUGUCCUGUGCCACAGACUGUGAAAACUUGUAGAUUGCUGGAAACUAUUGAAGAUGGCUUUAGUUUGAUCUUCUGAAUGUGUUUGUCCUCUGUGGAAACUAAUGCGGCCUACUCUGCUCAGUCAAAAAACAAACACUUUCAGAUGUGCUUUAGCAUCUGAAAGGGAGAAUAAAUCAGAUGCAAAUCCAAUCUAGUAAAGAAUAGCUCAGAAUAAAAAGGGAAAGUACGUUGAUCUGUAGCAGCAUUGGGCUUGUUUCAUUUCCUUCCUUUCACCAGAGCUCUUUCCUUUCACUUUAACAUUGUUCUGUGUUGAAUUAGCAGAUACCCAACAAACUUCCUAUAAGAGGAAUCAUGUCAACUGCUGUCUGUCUCUUCAGGGAGCACUGACUGUGUAUGGCAAAGAGAUAUUCAGGUGGGAAAUGCUCAGUAACAAAGAAUCACUAAGACUGCAGAGACCACCUGUUGGCCACCUUCACUGACAGCUUUUUCACAGAGGCUCCCUUGCGUGUUCUCUGGAGUCACAUCGCUGCAUCUAUUGUUGUCCCUGCCUUGGAUUCUUGUGGUGUUACAGGAGAGCUUUCAUCAAACAGGCCAAAUGUGAAGGAUUUCUCUUUAUACUAAUGAUCAUUUUCCUUCUACUCCACUUUUUAAUAGUGGGCUUUUGUACACUCCUUUUAUUCUUUCUAAGUCUGGUCUUCUGGACGCUGUAAAUCAUUUCACAUACAGAACCAAAUGUCUGUGUAACUGUCAUGGUGCCAUCUGAGUGUUUAUUCACAAGCCCUACAGUAGUUAAAGAAUUUACAUCUCUUGUUGAGCUACUAUUAAUAUUUAGUAGUCUGUUCUUUUCUGUCUGUUCAUCUUUGUAGCUUCAUCGCAAGAUGUCGCAUACCUUAAAAAAAAUCCUUACAGAUACCAAUUUAAAAGGGAUGUUCUUGUCUUUAUGAAAUCUCUGUCAGUCCCUGAGGUUAUUGUGGAUUUUUUUUUGUAAUAGCUUGAAGAAAUCCCAUGCUAUCUUAAAAGAGGCUUUAUAUAGCUACAGCACUGAAGUAGUCUGAGAGAGAUCAUUGGAGACCAUGGUAAGAAAAUGUGAUUAGGUAAAUAUCUACGUUGUGGCCUACUCUUAGUUGGAUUCAGGCAGAUUUAAAAUCACAUGUCUGAUUUAAUCAGCAUGGUGAAUAACAGCACUGCCCUUCUGCUUCUCCUUCUUUUCAGUAACAUUGUCUCUGCAAGCGCGGGCAUAUCACAGCACAUGCAAUGCAAUAACUCGUACUCUGUAGCAACCAAGCAGCAGUAUGCAAUGUUUUGGCUGCAAUGCUAGCAGUGAGUGCAGUCUGUCACAUGUACAGGAUAGUUGCCAUUUCCUGAAGAGAUGUUUGAUCUUCCAUCUCCUGAUAAUGCAGCAGAGUUUAGAACUUGCAGCAUUUCAAUACUUGCUGUCAAACACACGUAAAUCAGGAGAUUUCCAACUGCCGUGCUUGUGUCCUGCACUGGUUUGCAAGAUAAUUCUGGUGCAUGCAACCCUGUUUAAUUUCAUGCUGGUAUGGAAACAUCAUAGCAAAUAUGGAGAGUAGUAUGGAUUGUGUGGGAUGCUGUUGGGCUGGACUUGCACUGCUGCUGCUAGGGGGAGGAAGGAGGUGGUAGGAGUCAAAGCCCUGGAGCUACUCCUGGGAGCUGCUUAGUAAGUCUCCAGGGUGUCAUUCCUUUGAUUUGUAGUUACUUUUUGUUUAUUGGUUUGUUUAUCCUUAUAAUGGCCCUGGAGUGUCAGUGAAGGAGAUCGUGACGCAGAGAUAUGCUUUCUCCUAGUUCCGCACUGUCAGGAAAUUUACUCAUGCAGUUGCAGAAUCACAAAAUAAAGACUCUUUGUCCAUAUUACCUAUACACUAUUAAAGAAGGAGCAGAACAUGUUAGAAGGAAAAAAAGACCGUAAGUUUUUAAGACCACGACUGUGAGUAGAUCUACUGACUCCUCUACUUUCUUGCCAGCUUAGCAGGAAGCCUACUGUGCAGCAGUGCUCCUUGGGGAUUCAGCUGUGCCCAGGCAUAGGGACAAAGGCAGAUUGCAAGCAUUUAUUUCAUCCUCAGCCUGUUUUCUGUACCCAUUUGCGACCAAAAGGACUGUUGGUUUAGUGCUGAGCCUCAUGUCCAAGAGCACAUUGCUACUGAUUGUUGGGGUGGGAGGAGGGGGGAGGGGAAGGGAGGAUGCUUUUAGCAUCAUUGGCACUGCUUUGGAGGAGUCUGUAGGGUUAAGUAUCAGCUGUAUCCAUACUGCGUGGCGUGACUGCUUUGAAAAAUAAAUACUGUUGAUUAAUAA